CUCAGUGAAAACCUGUUGUUUUGGUUGAGUCAGACUCAGUCAUGAGUGAUCAGGUAAACAUAUUGCCGACUCAGAAUGAGAAUUAAGAUCUUAUCUCCGACAUCUGGACUGUCUAUAUCAAAUUUUGUACUUUACUUGAAAACCUCUAUCUAUAUUCUGGUCGAUUUACAUGAACUAUCUAGAGUAGUUUAGCAGUAAAAAUAGUCAUGCAGACUGUUCAAUAUUAUGGAGAAUUAUGAAACGUUGAAAAUAUCAUGCAGGAAGAUUACCAGUUUAGGCAUGAAAUUACGCAGUAGAGUUUCUUUCCUAAAAUUAAUUUUAAUAUUAUUUUGAAAACUUCCUAAUAUCUUCCCACUAUAAUACAGGUUUAUCAUCUUGUCUUUGUGACGUACAAUCACUAGACGUCAACCGACGAUUCUUAUAUGCAUGGUAUAAAGUUUGGCCAACUUUUUCUAAAAUUUUGAUAUUCUUUGGAAAUAUUUAUGCCAUAAAUAGUGGCAAGCUAGACGUAGCAACAGGUCAUGCCAUGCAAACGAUUUGCAUUAUUCAAACCUUUCGAAAUGUAUUAAUUGUCUCUAACCUACGUAUACUGCAGAGCAUACUGUGCUAUAUAUAUACUGUGCUAUUAGCAUAUAGUAUAUGACCUGCAGUUGCCAUGGCUAGCUUCGCCAUUGCCAUAACGAAGUCGGAUUGGAACUUGAUAUAGAUGUACGUAAAGAAUUUAAGCGGUAGUAGCGCUACCAUUUAUGAAAGUUGCCUAUGUUGAUUUCUUCCAAAAAUUACAGUUGCCAUAGAGUAUUUUAAUUGAACCACAAAACAAUAUAGACACUUCGUAAAUUGUUAAUGUUUUGUUUCUCUACGUUUCGACUAUAUAUAUAUUUUCCUGAAGAUGACUUAAAUAUAUAGUCGAGAAACCGGUUAACAAUUUACGGAGAGUCUAUUGGUUUUUGUUUAAUUUAUUUCUAUCUUUCUAUCAGACUUCAUGUACAAGAGUACUCGUGUUGCUGGCAGGGAGGAACAGCUUAAUGUCACUCAUCUCACAUUUCUAAUAAUUAUCACGAUUUAAUGUUUCUUAUCUUCGUAAACUUCACGUACACAAGAGUGAUGAGCGUACAUUACAACACAUUGACCUUCCUAUAUCUAGGAAUUAUCGUAAUCAAGUAAAUUCCCUAAGCCAAGGCUACAGGCAAAAGUAUAUUAAUCAUGUUUUGUUUUUGCCAUGCAGUUACAAAUAUUUGAUGUAUGAUUAUUAUAUUCAUACUAUAUUGUGACAGCAAGAAUAUUUCGCAAUUUAAGAAUAUUUUGUUUAUAUUUGAAAUUUGUUGAAAAACAUGCAUUCAAGUGUUUAUCAGUUGACUUAUGUCACGAUAUUAUAUUGGUAGGAUUUUUAGAUUGAAAAUAUGGCAUGUUAUCGACGUUGCGGCCCUGAAGCAAAGGAUCUCAAACAUUAACACAUAUACUGGGGUAAAUAUGAUAAGGUGGGCAGUAGAAUAUUCAUCGUAACUGCAGGCAUGAGGAUUGAGGAGGGAUUGGGUGAAAAAAUUGCCUGGGGUAUAAACAUGAGCCAGGAUAAAUAUAUUGAGAGUCUUUAUAGAUGAGCCAGGAUGUACGUUGAGAGUCUUAAAAAAACCUGAGGGAAUAAUGCAGCAAGACAAGUUUUGUUACAAGAGGAAUAAUACUUUUCUAAUUGGCUCUUUUAUUAAAAGUUGAAGGAGGCAUAUCACAGUAUCACACUCCUUCCACAAUUUCAGUGAGAGAUUGUCACUAUGCUAGUGCAGUUGACAUUGCCACUGAAGGAAAUCCUGUGGUUUUAUCCAUAAUUCACAUCUUGGCUAUAUUAAUUCUACCCGGGCCAAUUUUAAGUACAAUCACUGCACCAUCUCCAGUCUACAUAAAUGCCCCGGGCAACCUUAUUACUAAAAUAUUCCCCUGUUGUAAUUUUAUGAUAUUCAAUCAGUAAAAUAACGUAUAACACUGAACAACCCGUAUUCCUAAGUUUAUCUGUGAACUGGUCGUAGCUUUACCGCAGGCGCAGGGUGUGGCUCGAAAUACGAGACUGAUGUGAAUUUUAUCACAUAAGCAGACACACUCACACCUAAAAUACGUCAACCACCCACACCCUUGACAUAUCUUUGCAAGCCUCGUGUAAUUUAAAUUAAUUUUUUUCCUGUUUCAUUAUGUGCUAGUUUCCAUGCCAUUCCACUGUAUGUAUCACAAUUAAAACAGUGAACGACAGAAUAUGUUCAACGGUCUUGUGUCCAGCUACAAUCACAGUCUAUUAUUUUGUACAUUAUACAUAAAAUAAAACUUUUAUUCAAUAUUAAGCAAAAAAAGGUGCAGCAGUUGAAGCUAAAACUCACUACUAACUUUAAUUGGCGUUGAUAUUUUGAAUUUUGAGUAGACUCUUUCAACUUUGAAGUUUGGUUUAAGUGUCAACAAAACACCACCCAAAUACAAAACAAAGACAAUUAAUUAGCCUUUCUCCUCGGAAGAGACACUGCGAAAACACAUGAGAGUGGCAAUUCUUGUCCCCUUUGAGUUCGCUCAGUGAAGCUAUAACCACUAUAGGGAGGAGAAAGGAGGUGUGAAGAUAAUUUUUUGGAGGCCUUUUCUCCACUCCUCAAUUUGCUUAUCUCUUAUUUCUAAUUAUGAUAUGUUAGAUGUUGACUGCAUAGUGUAACAGCCAUAUCUUAAAUUUAGAAUAAUAUAAUGGCUAAUAUCUUCAUCAGAAAUAUGUCAAAUAUAUACUUUCAACAGCUAAAGGCAGUAAAGCCAAACUGGAACGUUCUAAGUAGAUCGUUUAUCUGCACCUGAGUAAACAUUGCAGUUAGGAUCAACGGGCCUACAAAAUUCAAUAAACAUACUGUCGUAAAAAAGAAGGAUCUUGCUUUCAUUAGCCUUUAACCAUCAGACUUUACCAGAAUUGGCAAUUGAUCUGGGAAUUUAUGCUCUGGUUCCUAACCCUCCAGAAACCUGAAAACCUUUGGCACCCUUGUGUAGAGAUUUAAGGAAACGUUACUAGACUAAAUUAAAUAUUUUUUUGAGGUGCAUGACGACAGGGCCUCUUUUACGAAUUUGUCAGUGGAGGGACCGUCAAGAAAAAGGGAGCUAACUAGACUAGGAGGUGUUGAACGAGAAAAGUGGAAAUUUGUAGGGAGAUCGGGGAAUCCUCCCCCAGAACCUUUUUGUAAUUUUAGGGUCUCCGAGGCUUGAUUUUCGGCAUUUUUUAACACAAUUUCCUUUUUAAUGUAUAUUUCAUCCGCUAGACAAAUCUCCGUCGGUCAUGGGAAUACUAAAACACUCUUCUUAACUUAACUAUUCUUCCCUUUUGAUGCCUUCACUGGGAGGACAUAGUUCAGGGCCAAAACAGGACGGGAGGAAACAACUCCCCCUAGUCUAUGGUAUUAAAAGAGGCCCUGCAUGCAUGACGAUUUUUACACAUACUAUAUAUAGUUCUCGAUUUUACAAAACUACAAACGUAAACUGGAUUAAAACACAUAUUUCUUCAGUAAGAACAAGAUUAUCAACAACAUUGAACACCUAAUUUCCUGUUCCUCUUAUCCGUGGGCUCAUUAUGCUAUUUAUAACUUAUCAAUUUGCUGAUAUUGGCACUUCUUAUCUUUUUAUGACUUUACAAAGAAAAAAGUUUAAAAAACAACAAAGAAUUAUUGUAUUUGUUUGGAUUUAAGGAGAAUCCACCAAUAUUUCUUAUCUGAAUCAUGAGUUAUUUUAUAUUUACCCGUAAAAGGUGAAUCAGUUAAUAAUUCGUGAUCAAGGACAAGCUGUCAAAUAACUCGUAAGUGUGUCAAAUAACUCCUAAGUGGGCUAAUUUUUGCGAGAAACAUUUCGUGAGGCGAUAUAUGCGGGGUCUUUUGUAUCAAACCAAAAGGUAUAUUGUUUUUAUAAUAGCUUUACUGACCAUGUUACAAACUUAAUACAGUUACAAUGUGAGAAAUGACUAUAGUAUCUCAUGCCACAAGUCGUACCAGGCCAAUGAACUGUAUUUAUUUAUAUUGCCUGUUGCCUAUCACGGCCAUUCACGGUCCUAUUGAUACCAAAAUAAUGAUUGCUAUAUGACUUGCAGUUGAGAUCUGUUUUUGGUUCCGCUUGGCUGUCUAGCUUUUCUUCAAAGUGAAAACAUUAGUAUUGUAUUAUUAGACCCACAGUCUUUAGGUCUAUAUGGCCAUGACCAUAUACGUGUAGUUAAUCUUGUCUACAGACAAAGUCAUUAUAGAGUCAAAGGACAAAGACUACAAUUAAUAUAAGAGCUUUUUCUUUGAAUGGAAAGUGUGUAUGUAAACUAUAGACGAACAAACAAACAUGCAGUAUUAGAAUAAUCUCCAGAAUUAACGUAAGUGAGUGAAGUAAAUUAAUUACGUAGUUUUUACGACAUUGAGUGUAGUAGUCUUUCGUGGUAGCUUAUAAUGAGUUUCGUCUUAACCUGUCGCCACUAUUUAGUAAAUGAAUAUUAAAAUGCGCUGCGAUUGAGACGAUUUUAAGAUACAUUGGUUAUUUAUUUUCUAAUGAUGAACAGUUAAGCUUUGUUUUUAUUUGGCGCUGUCAAGUUUAUAGAAAGGUGUUUCAGACUUUGUCGGCACCGAUCGCAGUUGUAUUUAAUUGUCUUAGAAACAGUCUGUGCGCGUGAAAUGACGAGUGAGCAGACCAAGCUAAAGCGGACGUUGGUGGAAUUUCCGCGUAAAUGCGCGAUGUUAUUUACUCCACCUUAUCUGUCUUGUUGUUACCAAAAAUAUUCGAAAAAUUACAAAUUAUGCUUUGGGAAUGACUGAUUAUUAAGUAGAUAAUACUUUGCUAGGUAUUUCUGAUGUUUACUGUGAUAUUGAACUAAUAAGCUAUGUUUGGCCAUUACUUUGAAGUGACCUUUCGGAAUUUGCUCAUGUUUCGCCGACCUUCCCAGCUGGUGACGCGAAAUCUUAUAUCCUUAUAUUAAGUUGGUAGCAGCAUUGACAGUUGGCUUUCAUCAGCAUUGCUUCAUUUUCAUCUCAUGCACUCAUCGUAUUGUUAUUGAAUUUUAUAGAUCGUCGGACAUAGCAAGUUAACUCUGCGUACUUAACCUUGAACAUUGACGUGCUGAAAAAGAACUCACUGCAAUAAUUAAAGGCACACUCCGAAAUUUUCGCCAAAAAUAUACUGAGACAGUUUGUGGUAAAAAUGAAACUGUUGUUUGUUACAACGGCAUUGCUCUUCUUCCUCGGAGCCAAUGAAGCUGGCCGCAAGAGGCUUCAUAUCCCAUAUGACAUAUUGUCGACAAGCGCUAAAGGUUGGGAGACUAUCGCGAAAGCAACGAACAUUUUAAAAUUGUCCAGAGUUUUUCCUUCCGAUCGCAAUUUAAUGAAACGCAUUGCUUUGGUUGAAUCAUCUCUGAACAGAACAUCGACUGAAGGUGGAUUGUGGAACGUUGGGACAUGCGCUUUCUGGGGAGUGACACAAAAUCGGGAAAAGUAUGGUAAACGAUUGAAAAAGAUUCAAAAAAUGGUCGGACGGAGAUUUGGAAUAAGCUGGACCCGGAUGACCUAUGACCAGCUUCAACGUCCUAUGUAUUCGUUGAUUGCUGCGCGAAUGUAUUUGUAUAUUAUCUUGACAGACGGUAUACCACGAGGAGCCACAGCGCAAAGCAAAGUUUGGAGUAAUUAUUACCGUAAUUGUGGAGAAUCUAAAAUUACAGUCAGGAAACGUUUAACAAAGCGGUUUAAGAAAGGUAAACACAUUUUAUUAUAUUGUGAUGAGUAAUCAAAAUUUGUGUGCAUAAGUUUGUUGAAUGUGACCAAUAGUAAUGGUUGCCCCGCAAUUUAUACAGUUUGAUAACUUUCACGGUUAUGUAUGUUAUACCAGUCCCGCGAUGUUCUUAUUGAGAAAACUUGUCAAAACAGCAGCCAGCGCCUUGGUGGUCGCAAGCCUGGCUGCGAUUAUCACACAGUAGUCACGCAUAGUAUUCAUAUUAAGCUCGCGCUAUAUCAUGAUUCGAUAUUAUUUCAUGUUUGCGCAAGAUCGCGUACAUAACAACACAAGCAUGCAUAGUUCAAUGUGCUCUCACAUGGCCCAAUGUGCACAUUAGGGUGUAUAUAUAGUACAGUCAUUAACAACGUAUAAUUCAAGGAUUUCGUUUGUAGACAAUUUGGCUCCAUAUUCAGGCUGUAUCAUGCUAAGAUGUAUAUCAGCAUCAAGUUUAUCAUUUGUGUUCACCUGACGAGCGUUAUCUUAAGAUAGGUAUUUUAUCAUGCCGAUACACAGACAUCGAGUUAUCUUGCCGAGUAAAAUAAACAAAUCUGACGCAGCCGUUUUCCUUCAUACUGCGCUCUUAGUUUAAUUGGAUGAAUAAAAAAAUUUCAAUUUUUGACUUUGUGUAGCCAUUUUAAUCUUGAGAGAAUAUUUCGUCAGUAUUUAUGAAAGGUUUAAUAUAUCUCGACUUGUUCUUCUGGGCACAGACUUUUGCAAUAUGUUUUGAGUGUUGACGUCUGUUAAGAAGGUCUUGUUUAUUACUCAAUUUAUUGAGUUAUCGGCAUGUCGCCGUGUCCGCAAGAAUAACAGAGAAACAACAAACGUCGUAUUUUUAACAUUUUUUCGUUGCUAAGUAUCAUUAUGUUUCACUGACUAAUAUCAUUAUGUUUUACAUGCUAAAUAUCAUUAUGUUGCACAUCUCUUAUUCAGAUACACAGACAAGGAAACAGUCAAUUUUGACCUUGUGUAAGAAUGAAAUGAAGCCAUAAUUGCUUAAAUAAAUCCAGUUUUCUUUUCAAAUAUGCACCAAUAACCAAACACUGUCUUUUGCAGUGGUUUUGUGCGGACAUCUCUCUCUUUUCGCUCUUUUCUCUUCGUCUUUGUUCUUGUUAAAAAAUCAAAACACUGCAUGCGAAAGAAGAUGGUGACUGAGAAAGACUGCUUUUUCGUGCUCAUUCUACAUCCAAAACUGCGAAAUCAAGUUUCCCAUGAAAAGCCAAUACAGUACAAUUGUAGUAGUAUCAGGUUUUCUAUGCAUGGGCAGGGCUUUACUCUCUAUAAAGAAGAAGGGUUAGUCCAGGAGAAAUUCAAGAGUGGAAAGUGGCGAAGGAGUUCCAGAGAAAGAACACAAUGGGCCUUUCUCCGAAGGCUCGAAAAGGCCCGUGACCCGAAAGGAAAGGGACUGAAUGUUGCUUAGAGUCUACUAUUUAGAUUUUGGAUCUCGAAUACGAAAACCAGUUUGCAUGUCUAUUUCAGGAUCAGUCAGAAACUUCUUUUAAACGCGUAAUAUAUGCACGAACGGCUUUGCCUUUGCUUUCUUGUCCUAAAUAAGGUUUAUGUCAUGGUUAUCUUCAUCUCAAAAUGCGAUCACAGUGUGGGUUUAUGAAAGUCAGCAGUUUUCGCUUCUCGUCACUGAUGUUACUCACAUCUAUUGUUCAUCAUGAUGUGGUUUAUUCCUGAUCGGAUUGUCUGUUGUUUAUAAUCUUAUUUGAAAAACAUCGAAAAGUCACGGAAUGCAUGGGAACCGGACUUGUUUGAAAUAUGGUCAAAACAUGGAAAUCUUUUCACUUCAGACUUGAAAAGUUUAUUGUCAUUGAAUAUAUUUCAUGUAACACCGACAUUUCACUUUUGUUUAGUAUUUACUCAAAGCGGAGCGAAUCUUUCUGUUGACUUUUCAAUCACUUCUGAGCCUUCCAGUUGUGAUCUCAAAAGACACUGGGGAUUAAAUUAUUAUUAAUGUGGGAAUCCAAAGUAGCAAAGGACCUUGGUCAGGUUACUAAUUCCAUCGAUCAUGUGUGACGUCAAAAGACAUAUUAUUGAUAUCGUGCUAUAAUUCUUCUUUUCAUACCCUCUUGACAUCUUCUCAGCCCAAGGAUAAAGAUCGUUCUUGAGAGUUUCCUUAAAACUUUAUUUUUAGUCAGACCCCAUUCUCGUACCCAGAGCCCUUCUUACGCGCGGUGUGACGAGGGGCUCUGGCCAAAUCCAUAUCUGAACUGGCAUCUGAUUGGCUAGUUCUGACACCGGAUAUUGUUUUCUUACCAUGUUUUUAUGGUAUCCGGUUAUGGAUUUGGCUAGAGCCCCUCAUCGCGCUCCGUUGACCGCGCGUAAGAAGGGCUCUGGGUACGAGAAUGGUCAGACCCAUAUUUAUACACCAAACUCCUUCCCAGACCUCUUGUUCUUUUUGCUUGAAAGUUUACGACAUUGUGGAAUUGAGGCCGUGCAGCCAUCAUAUCGAAAUGUGAUUUACAUAUAUGCGUGCUGUAUAUAUGUGCAAACAAACAAACAAACAAACAAACAAACAAACAAACAAACAAACAAACAAACAAACAAACAAACAAACAAAACAAACAAACAAACAAAACAAACAAACAAACAAACAAACAAAACCAAACAAACAAAACAAACAAACAAACAAACAAACAAACAAACAAACAAACAAACAAACAAACAAACAAACAAACAAACAAACAAACAAACAAACAAACAAACAAACAAACAAACAAACAAACAAACAAACAAACAAACAAACAAACGAGUCAACAAAUUUAAAUUUCCAUGCAUGUGACUGCUACUUAAAUUUUACUUGUUGCAUAAAACAAACUAUAAAAUAUGAACCAAUGCAUAUAGCAAGAAAUGUUUUAGCUAUCGAAAAUGAAAUUGUUGCUAGAUUACUAAGUGCAUUGAUGUACUUAUAAUUCCGUUCAACAACUCGUUACGAUGUUGAAAGCGACAACCUUGUGUAAUUGCACAUACCAACAACCUUUCAAUAGUUAAGAGUUAAGCUGUCAACCGUUUGGUACACGUGGCUGACACAUCUUGUUAACACAAGGUGAUAUAUUCUUUCGUUUGUUCCAAAUCGACUGCUCAGAUUACCACAAUGUUCUCCUUUCUGCCUGUGCUUCUACAAACAACAUGCACGGUUUCUCUAACGACUUUCCUCCUAUAUCAUUCUAUAUCAUUUCUGCAACUGGCGAAGGCUCGCGUAUAUAGGUGUAUAACUGGAUGAUUGCAGUUUUCUCAUUUUCAUUUCCAUGUUAUUUAUAAACUAGAAACUAAAAGCAUGGUGAUAUAUGGCGGCAGGUCACGUGUCCGAAUUUUUUCACCUUUCGUCGCUUUAUAGCCUUCAUUACAUUGAGCAUUGUUCAGUGGCGAAAUCCACUGUGGUGCUAAUUUCAGCUAAGUUGGGUACCGUAGUUUUCAGCUAAGUUGGGUACCGUAGUUUUCAGCUAAGUGCAAACACGACAGGCAAACCAUGAUCGAACUGUCACAACAGUAGCUUAGAAAGAAUAUUUAAGUCAGGAGGGCCGGCUGAAAAUGAGGGCUCCGGAGUCAUCCUCCACCGGAAGAAUUUGAAAAAUUGAGACUCGGAAAUGCCAUGUCCAGCAUUUUCUAGCACCGAAUUGAAGAAUUUGGACCACAAAAAUGCUCCAAAAAUUGCUUCAUAAUUGGUUUUGGCCCACUUUUACUUCUGGUGGGGCUAUACCACGCCCCCUAUUCUGCCGCCCCUGUCAUUGACAUUGCUUUAACGGCAGGGCUCGAAUUUUAUCGCGGCAAUUGCCGUAGAGGGAGAACAAAAUGCCGUGGAUCAUUGUGGCAACGACGGCAAUUUUUUGCCGUAUAGUGUAAUUUUUAUAGCCUACUAAUCACUGUGCAUUACUAGUUUGAUACUUGAAUUCAGAUGUUGAUCAAAUCAUGCGUAAAUCACUAUUUUAGUCAGUUUUCUUCGAAAAAAAAACACUAAAGAAAUACGUAGACAUGUUUCUAGGUUGUCGAAAAUCCCAAGUAACAAUAAAACUAAAGUUUUAUUACAGUAAUUUGAAAAAUGCCGUAGAAACUGCCAAAAUUGCCGUAGACAGCUUUUACGUUCUGCGGCAAUUUUUAACGCCAUUGCCGUCGAUUGAUUUCAGGGAAAUUCGAGGCCUGUUUAACGGUAUGAAAAUUUAAAUACUAGAAACCUGGCUCAAAUGCAGUAGAAACAACAGCUAGAUACGGACUAAUUAAGAAAGUCUCGAAGAAAGUCUACUUUGGAUCAGUAAUGUAUUGCAGACACCUUUGGUUUGUAUUGCAAAAAGAAAAAUUCACACGAAUGCAAAAAAAUAAAGAGCUUGUAAUUUCCUGUAAUAAUUGUAAUAUUGGGCCGAAACUCUAUUCAUCAAGCAAUGCCCAACAGAACUCAAACGUGAUAUGAAUGAAUUUAUUUUGUUUUAUAAUUGGAGAAACGUAUUGAUGUCUGCGAGGAAUUCCGUUUUCUAGUCUAAUUUGAACAAGGUCAUCAGAUAAAAGGCUUUUCAUUCAUUUAUAUUCAAUUGAGAAAAUCUGAUAUCUUCAAUACCUUGCAUCGAGCAGCAAAACAAACCACCCAAGAGAGACGGACAGGCUAGUUCAAUAGACAAUAGUCAAUGUUAUACCGAUGUCGCCGUCCAUCACGUCAUCACAUCGCUUCAUUGUGAAUUGAUAUUCGCCUUGAUAGGCGAAAUUAAGAUCCAAAGGUGCGAAGAAAAGGGCAGUUCUAUUGAACAAAAUUUAACAAAAUUGAAAGAAAUAUAUUAAAGACUAUAAUAGGAUGUUUGUACAUUGACAUUUAUCAUUACAAUUAUUUUUUAAAGACAUUUUUUUAAAAAAGUUGUAUAUAUUAUUCCAGUAUCUAAGUGGCUGACGUCAUAACUGAGACGUAGUAUUAGACUAUUAGUAUUCUUAUAUGCAAUGCCAAUGAUAUAUAAGCGUUUAUGUUAUUUAGAAUAUUUACCAAUGGCAAUUGUGUGCAUAUAUCUUGUCUUAAUAACUCAACAGUUUUAUAUAAGGUUAAAUGAUACCGGCGCUCUGACAACUGAGUUACACUGGGACCAUUUACACACAAAUAUAUACUCGUGCAUAUUCCAUCAUCGGCUGUUUUAGAGCAUGCAUGCUGCCUGCUGGUACAAUUGAUGAAAGCAGAGAAAUAUCGUACCUGAAUCUAUAUUUUGUCUUGUCAAAGCAAUGGAAAUGAAUACAUAUGCAUGCAUCGUGCAACCUCAUGCUAAAUUAAUUUAAUAUCAAGUUUUGUAAUGAUUCGGGUUGAGGACGUACUUACCGGUAUCGUAGCGAAACGUACUGGUGAGCAUGCGCAGAUUGAAAAGAGGUUUAUAAAUCCACGUACUUACGGAUGUAUUCGCGUAUCAAAAUAAAACGUUCGUCGCAAGUCAACUUUCUGGCGUACUACGGAAGUACUAACCAAUCAACAUUCACGAAAUUUUGACAUUUAAAAAACAUUUUUGAUACGUUUCGGUACGGUACGCUUGAAGUGGAAAACCGGCUUUAGUCGUUUUAUUGCACACGACAAGAAUUUCAAUAGCCUCGAAUGACCCUUACAAGUUGAGUUACAACGGCUCCAAGCAUACGACAUACGUCUUCCAUUUCAAGUGAUAAUAUUUUGCUUUAAUGCCUUUUUACGGACAAAUCUAUGUUGAAACGAGUGUUGAAAGAUGUUUUUAUGUAUAUAUUGACCAAAUGAUUAAAAUUUUCACGAUAUUAACUAGUGUUGAAAUCAAUAAGACAAUAUAGUCAAUAUACAAUAUAUAAUUUGGAUAGUAGCUUAAAAGUGAAUCGGGGAUUAUUUUAACGUGCAGUGAUAACCAAUUUGUGCAGUGAUAAAUGAGAUUUUGUGCAGUGAUGAAUGAGAUUUUGUGCAGUACUUCAAUACUUAACUACAGGUGAUUUUAAUUCGUGAAAGGAGUGCAUAUAAUUUAUCACAAAUUACGUUUAAAUUGUUCAAAAGCAUGAUAAACGCAAGGAAGACAAUAAGUUAUGCCGGUUUUCACUUAAGGUUUUCAAAUUUUAUAUCGAAUUUUAUAUGACAUAAUAUUCAAUCUUUUAAGAUGGAAUGUAUAAAAAAAAUUGCGUCUGAAAAUGCAAGAUAUCAACUUUUGGAGGCUAAAAAGUACGACAAUUUUCUGGAUAAGGACUUCCAGGUCCUCCGAAAAGUUCUGUCGUUUGCAAUUUCCCAUCACCUAUAAUUGGGUCACUUUUCUUAGGUUCCCAUUUACAAAUUGCACUGAAUAACGUAUAAUCUAGAGAGCUGUAUACUCAGCGCUCCUUCGGCGCUAUGUGACAUGCUGCUAUUUUAUGUGGUUUUUUGUGCAGCAAUAAAAUUUCUUUAAAAUAAUCCCUGAAGUGAACUACGACAUUGAAUCAUGCAUCACCCAUUCACGGCUUACCGUUGCAAUAAAACUCAAACUUUAAACUGAAAACCGUAAGAAACAAUUAGAAAGUUCAAAUGAAACAGUAUGAAACAAAAUUUAUGAACAACAGUAUAUAAACAAUCUGAUACGAAAUUGUUUAGUAAGAUCCUGCGUGUGUUUACUGGAUUACUUUAGAUACCAAGAAGAAAAUUGGGGUAUUAAUUUGAUUAUAAUGGUUAACUUAAUUCUGGAAGGAAUUUUAGGCAAGGAAACAACGCAGAUUGAAUUGCGUGUUGUCAUCUUCAUGUACACUCCAAAUCAUGCACUCGAAAUGACAUCUUGAAGUCUCCUAAACCUUCCCAUGUAGCUGACCUCCUCGCAGCGAGAUAAACAAGGCCGUCAUCAUGUGUUUCCUUUUUUUAAACAGCAUGAGAACAUUUAUAACAUCCUUUUACCAUUAUGGAGGGUCAAAAUGUAUAAUUAAUUCCACCAGCACUGUAACAGUGGACGCAUGGUCCUUAUUAUAUAAAUUACCAGAGGGCACUCGAAGAUUGGUCCUCACACUGGCCAUCGAAAUUACUCUUUGAAAUUUUGUUACGCACUAUAAUAUAUUCACUGUAAAAAUACCAGUGGGUCACACACACAUAAACUAAGUUAAACUUUAAAUGUGGUAUUUUGUUCAGAAUCUGAACAUAGUUAAUAUAGAAGUCUGAAGAACAUGCCACGUUCAGAAAGAAAAGAAACAUAUCCAAAGAAUGGAAGGGAAGCCAACUGCAUUUAAUCUUCCUCAUCUCUCAACACCUCAACACCUCUUGUUAGAGUCCGCCUACCACUUAUAAUUUUUUUGUUUUAAAUACUUGAUUCUUUUUUCAACGAGACAAGAGGUUACAUCAAAGAUGUUAAUUGAAUAAAUACAACUUUUUUCUUCUAUCUCCGGCUUUGUUAUUUCAACAUCUUGACCUAAAGAUGUAAGCAUUUUUAACUCGGUUAACACUUUUGCUUCUUCGGCGUCUUUUCUGAUCAGUGGGUGGGCCAUAGACUUUAUUAUGCAUGAGUAUUAGUUGCUGACGCAUAAAUUGAAAGGUAAGUAGGAACUUGGAUUGUGUUAAUAUGUGGUGGAAAAAGUAUCUGACCGUGGUCACUUGAUCCCCUCAAGAAAUUUUAAAUUAUCAGAAACGUUUUGGAUAGAGGGAGUAAGAAAGGAAGACAAAAUGAACGAAUGAAUGAAAUAGACUGCACGAAGAAAUAAAGGAAGAAACAAAACUGACAUGUGGGAGAAAUGGUGAAGGGAGGAGGGAAUAUAGAUGGACUAAAUUGCAGUGCAGAUGUGAGGUCAACAAGGGCUGAAGUUAAAUAAUGUAUAUAUAAGUACUAAAUUGGCCAUUUAUAGACUGACUAAAUAGACUGACUCGAUAACCGUUGGCAUUUACGCUUUGUUUCCAGUUCUUGACAAGUUAGCCACAUGCCGACAAUGGUCAGAGAGAGUAAUUAUUUUCUCCAAGGCUGUUUGUAGUUUUGUUUUGAAUAUACUCUACGACUACCCGACUACGCCUACUACAAAGAUGCAGGUUGAGAGGGAUUCAACUACCUCAAAAAUACAAGUUGUAUUUAUUUGUAUUUUUCAGGUAGUUGAAUUCCACUCAAUCCAUAACUUUCUGGUGUUAUUGUCACAAGUAGGUUGGCACAGAGAAUUCAAGUUAUUACUUAUACUAAAUACGGGGAUAACAACUGUUGUAUUGAAAGUUGAUUUGUUUGGAAACUCGAAAACUGAUUGGAUUUGAAUUGAAAACAGAAAACUUGAGAUUGGAACAUUUGAACUUUUUUAUUACAGCCUGCUUGGAUUAGAUAUAGUUACUGUAAGCCGUGUUCAGAUUAAGACCAAGUUGAACCCACUUUUGUUCGUAGCAAACGAAAAGAAUUGAGGAUAAUUCGUUUGCUCUUAGUGUUAGAUGUCAGGAAAAUGCCAGAACCCUUGCUAGCCUCACUAACUCAAUGAGAAGCUGAAGAUAUUUCGGACAUCUAAGUUGUACCCUGUGUGGCGGUUGUACUCAUUAUUAAGCUGGAAACAAAACAACAGAACAACAAUAUGUCAUUGAGAGUAGUUGCAUUGUAUAACUCAUGAUAAAGAUUGCUUCACAAUUAUGUUGUCUCUUUCUUAGUUGUUCGUGGAUCAUGCUACAGCAGUUACAAGAAAUGUGAUCAUCAUUGUGUUGAAGUUACUGUUGGUCGUGGAGAAUGUCGAUGUAAAUCACAAUUCAAGUUAGACACUGAUGGAAAGUCAUGUAAAGGUACGUGAUUACGAGGUGGGGCAGUAUAGUCAGUGAGGGUUAUCUGAAGAUUUGAGUGAUUAUGGAGGUAUUGCCAGUGGAAGGGGCGGGGGGUGUCCAAACGCUUUGUGUAUUUAAACUGACUAAACUGAAAGUAAAUUCGGAAGUUUCUGUGGAUCAAUAUAGACAGAAAUAAAAUAAAAACUUUCUGAAUUUUAAACAAGUUAUUAUACUCUAUAAAUUAAUGUAAGUAUAUUUUUCUUUCAGCAAUAUUAUACCGCAAUCCAUGUACAUUGAAUAAUGGCAAAGUUUGUGAGCAUUCUUGUCUUCGAGUUCCUAAUACAGUCAUAUGUACAUGUCCAGAUGGUCACUAUCUACACAACAAUAGAUACAAAUGUAUUGGUAAGUGUCGAAUAUCUAUGUAGAGACCUCAACAUUGAGAUUGGACGUUUUAUUUCAAAUUACAAUAAAACAAUAUGGAGAUUAAGAUUGAAGUACGAACUUGGAGAUGUAUAAGCCACCACCUUGUUUCAGAGCUGUGCUUUACAGUUGGUUCCAAACACAACUUUUCGUUUUUUUGUUUCAAAAUGAGUGCAACAUGAAGCUAAGAAAAUGUUUUAAGCCAGAUAUUUUCGAUGCCGAAAUAAGUUUAAUAACAUUUCAAUUUUAAAAUUCUGUAGAUGUGAAUGAAUGUUCGAUGUCUCCAUGUCAACAUGAGUGUCAUAAUACACCUGGAUCGUAUUAUUGUUCAUGUUUCCCUGGAUAUUCCUUGGAAUAUGAUCAAAAAACAUGUAAAGGUAAUAGCAAACAUUGAGAUUACUUUCCAUUAAUUAUAACCUUACUUUACUGAAAAUUUCCGUCUAUUAAUAUUUGUCAAUUUUGAAGACUACUUCACUAAAUAUUCUUCAUUGAUAAGAGAAAGCAAGGCCAGAACGACUGGGGGAGGGGCGCCCAAUUUUUUCAAAGGGGGCCCCCAAAUGCUGGAAUUGCCGAACGUGUGAAAGUUUUUGGAACUUUGUGAAAAAUUGAGGUUAAUUUUGUAAAGGUUAAGGUUAAAAAAUAUUUGUAGCCUGUUUUUUCCGAACAACGGUUCGGCGGAAAAAUUUAUGGGGCCUGAAACGUGAAGGGCCACAAAUUUCUGUGUUCACCCAAAGACAUAUCGGUGGCACGGCCCUGAGACAAAAUCUUCUUCCCUUCGAUAUAUGUAAAUGCUCAAACGCUCUUCUCAGGUGGCUUUUAUGUUAUCUUUCUUUUGGGUUAUCUGAACAAAGCCAUCAUGAACGAUUUUACAAUAUGCUUCAAUGUUAGUAUUUUUGUUUUCAGCUGAUCGAAGCAAUGAUUGUAUUUCGUCAAAUGACCCAAGUUGUAUUACCCGUUGUCUUCGUCGAGAUAAUAUGCAAGGUCAAUGUGUGUGUCCUCCUGGUAUGGCAUUGCAUAACGACAAUGAAUCUUGCAUAGGUAACUGUUUGUUUACAUUCAACCGUUGCUGAUUUUCUAACAGGGUUUUUCCUAUAAAGGCUGGAAUAUUUUCAAGAAUAAAUCUGAAUUGCUUUCGCACUUUUCUAGUUCUUAAGUGCUUUUCACAUGAGAAGACUGAAACCCAGUUGCCAUUUCACUUCUAACGUCAUACUUACCAAAUGUUAGCCCAACAUUGACUAAACGUGCCAAAGCCAGCCGAGUAAAGGGGUCUAGGCUGGGGGCUCUGGACCACACCUCCCAUAUACUUCAAGGGUCGUAUAUACUUCAAUUAAUCCCCUUUCUGAAUCCCCAUAUCUAUACAAUUCACAUCCUCGUAUUAACGCACGUGUUGAAUUAGAUGUAGUUCUUUAUUUGCAAAAGACACAGUAACUUAGUUUAGAUGCAAUAUUUUUCAGAGAGCAAUGGAUGUUUAACAUCAGAAGGAUUCUGUCAUCACAGUUGUGUGAGAACAGCUGCUGGCUUUUCUUGUGCCUGCAAAACAGGAUUUAUGUUGGACAGCAAUUCUGUGACGUGUACAGGUAGAUAUCUAGAAAUAAAGUAGUAUCUCUUCGUGUAAAAUGUUAUGCAAUUAGGAAGGUCUCACAGUAAAAUUGCUUAUUGAUGUAUAUCGUAGGAAUUGAGAAUCACUGCAUUUAGUUACGACUACCAACGUUAUGUAACCGGGAGAUAUCUAACAAUUAUGAUGUUUUUGUAGACAUAGAUGAAUGUAGCAUUGGUGAACAUAAUUGUGACAAAGGAUGUUUAAAUGUUCCUGGCAGUUAUCAUUGUUCAUGUCCACUUGGAUUUAAAUUAAAUAAAGAUGGCCACACCUGCUCAGGUAUUCAUAUUGUUAUGUGUAGCUUUAAAACUGCAGAAUUGCAUUGUUGCCUAGACAUUUACAGUAUUUUCGCCAUGCUUAAAUCAAAAAUUUAACACGCCUAGCCAUUAGGAUGCCCACCUUCGCAAUUUUACAUUUCUUCGUCCCCAACGCAUGAGGCAGAAAAAAGGACUAAAGGAGUAAAGCCUAAACUAUUCAAAUUCUAAGGUCAGAACUGGUGAAAGUUUUAUAUGAUCUAAAUCGCAUACGAAAUGCGAUCUAAAGACUGGCUGUUAUUUCUGUCCAAUUUAUUUAUUUUCUUAUCAUUCUUUUGUCGUUAGAUAUCGAUGAAUGUUUAUUGAAAACAGAUCUGUGUAAAUCUCCAGCUAAAUGUCGAAAUACUGAAGGAGAUUACAGAUGUGAGUGUCCCACUGGAUAUCAACUUAAUUCGACUAAUGAAUGCGUUGGUGAGUAUAUUUUAAAACUUUAGUAUAUACUGCAUGUAUGUAUGUGUAUCACUUGUCUACAACUGUGUUCCACAGCUUUUAUAUAAUAGAGAAAUUUAGUUUAACCAGACAUAGUAUUAUAGUGCGGUGCCCUGGUACAUGCAUGCGCAAAACAUGUGUACCACAAGCGCGAAGACGUACUAUUUAUGAAUAAUACUAAUAGACUAACGAACUAAUAAACAAACAGACUAACAAACUAAUAAACAAACAUACUAACAAACUAACAGACCAACAAACUAACGAACUAAUAAACAAACAGACAGACAGACAAACAAACUAACAGACCAACAAACUAACGAAGUAAUAAACAAACAGACUAACAAACUAACAGACCAACAAACUAACGAACUAAUAAACAAACAGACAAACAAACUAACAGACCAACAAACUAACGAAGUAAUAAACAAACAGACUAACAAACUAACAGACCAACAAACUAACGAACUAAUAAACAAACAGACUAACAAACUAACAGACCAACAAACUAACGAAGUAAUAAACAAACAGACAAACAAACUAACAGACCAACAAACUAACGAACUAAUAAACAAACAAACAGACUAACAAACUAACAGACCAAUAAACUAACGAACUAAUAAACAAACAGACUAACAAACUAACAGACCAACAAACUAACGAACUAAUAAACAAACAGACUAACAAACUAACAGACCAACAAACUAACGAACUAAUAAACAAACAGACUAACAAACUAACAGACCAACAGACUAACGAAGUAAUAAACAAACAGACAAACAAACUAACAGACCAACAAACUAACGAACUAAUAAACAAACAGACUAACAAACUAACAGACCAACAAACUAACGAAGUAAUAAACAAACAGACAAACAAACUAACAGACCAACAAACUAACGAACUAAUAAACAAACAAACAGACUAACAAACUAACAGACCAAUAAACUAACGAACUAAUAAACAAACAGACUAACAAACUAACAGACCAACAAACUAACGAACUAAUAAACAAACAGACUAACAAACUAACAGACCAACAAACUAACGAAGUAAUAAACAAACAGACUAACAAACUAACAGACCAACAAACUAACGAACUAAUAAACAAACAGACUAACAAACUAACAGACCAACAAACUAACGAACUAAUAAACAAACAGACUAACAAACUAACAGACUAACAAACUAACAGGCUAACGAACUAAUAAACAGACAGACUAACAAACUAAUAGACUCCCGCAGCGAAUAAACUUUUUUGGUGACCGCAAUAUAUUUUACCACGUUUCACAGUUGACUACAGCUAGUACGAUUCUUCAUUUGCAAGAUAGUCAAGUCAACUGUUUACGGCAAACUGACUGCUGAGCAACAAGUCAAUAUUAUUAGCACUGCAGAUGAAGAUCCUGGCUAACGGAUCGAAAGAUUUGCAGUAAUAAAUUUACGUGGGGUUUCCACAAAGAAAAAGUAUUAUAUGUUUUAUCGCCAUGCAAUCCUACAAUGAACUAAUCAUUUAUUUGUAUGCACCACGUCAUGUAAUUCGGUUUGGGAUAAUCAUUUCAGUGGUUGUAAAUGUUGCGUUAUCAGCGUUACCCAUGUACACAAUUCAUGUACACUAUGAUUUGAUUGCGUAUAGAAAUGACUGCUGGGGUCAUAUUUCAUACUACUCAUUAACACUACUUUUUAGCUGAUGAUCAAAUUUAAAUGUGAUAUUUUAUUUCUAUGUACCCUCUACCUAGGCUCAGAUUCCAGCCGUUGUGUUCUCGGCGAGUGGCGAGAACACAACGGCUGGAAUCUGAGCCUACCCUCUACCAUGGUCUGGCUGUUUCUCUGAUCCAGUCUACUGCGCUAUUUGAUCAGUUUAAAUUUUCAAAAUGAAAUCUUGAAUUAAAUACCGUGCUCUUACCAUAAACACCAAUUUUGUUCAGAGGGCCACAGGUUUUCAGUGUAAACUGUUAUGUGCUAUAUAUAUAAAAAAAUGGUGUUAUUAUUAUUAUUAUUAUUAUUAGUAUUAGUAUUAUUAUUAUUAUUAGAUAUGAAUGAAUGUUUAUUGAAUAACGGCGGAUGUGAACAGACAUGUCUUAAUGUCCCUGGUAGUUGUCAAUGUGGUUGUCACUCAGGAUAUCGUCUUAGCAAUGAUAUGAAAACUUGCCAAGGUAGGAAACAUAUCUUUCCCUCUGGGUACUCGCAAGUUGCUCCCCCCCCCCCCUGUCUGUACGUUUAUCCUAUGAUUACCAGAACCUUGCAGAACAAAUUUAUGACAUUAAUGUCCCAUAAACUGUAAACAAUCUGCGUAAAAUGUCAUUCGUGUUGUCUCUUGUCCAGUCUUUCUGUAAACUUGCGUAAUUAGAUUUCACCAAUACAGAAUUCUUGUUUUUUCAGACAUCGACGAAUGUACAGAUUUUCCAACAAUCUGUGGUCACAACUGCACCAACACCCCCGGGGGAUAUAAAUGUACUUGCCCCCCUGGAACGAGAAGCAUUGAUAAUGGAGGUUUAUGUUUGUGAAAUGAAAACUGUUCAAAGUUAGAUGGUAAUUUAUUACAAGAUGUGUUCUCCGUGUGAUAUAGACAAAGAGUGAAACACAUAGCCACUAAUACUGUAUUUGCUAUGGUACACAGGCUAACCAAAAUGGCUGAUCUUGUUUCAAAGAUACUGUGAUUGAAUCCAGAUGGAGAAAAAAACGCUGGUAUCACUUUUGCUAGUAUGGUGCAAAAUGACAUCGUUUACAAAAGUAAACAAAAUUCUUAAUUUGCAAAGAAUUUUUUUUGUAAAUAUACAAAUUGUAGUGUAGUGAAUUAGUGAAUAUAUACGCAAGCACUAUAAUGCCUCGGUCAAACGAGGAUGACUGGAUGAGAGUUGAUGAGAAGUGGCAGUCACGCAUUGUUACAGGGGACAUUUCAAGCUCUAGAUUAACGAAAUAAAGGUUUGAUGUGUGUCCAACUAUGUUUUAACUUAAAUACAAUACAUGAUAGUUGUUGGGAAAACAUUAAGAACAGCUAACUAAGGUCACGUGACUGCCAACUCUCAUGCACUCUCAUUCUCGUUUGAUCCAGGCUUAACGGUUGCGCGCUAUACUGCGGUAUUUUAGAGCUAGAGGUGAUCUGGCGCGUUCCUUGAGCGCAUCCCAAUGGAAAAGAUAUAAUCGCCAAUAGUCCAAUAUACCUUUGCACUUUCAGGCGGAAUUACGCAAAAUUUUGACUUGCCUGCAUUCUGACAAUUUUGUUUGAAAUAGCAGACAUCGCGUGCAUAUAUCGCGUUUCGUCUCUCAGAGCGAACUCAAUAUGAUUGCCUGUGCAAACUGAAAUGUAAUUCUCUUUGUUGACCACACGGUACUAUCUGUGUCUGAGUAUAUUACGUUUUUAUUCAACUUUAAAAUGUCCAUAAUUUUGAUCCAGACAUAUUUCUAGAAUCAUAUAGUCUAGAAUUAAAGGUUAGAUUAUUGAAUGAUUGAAAGCAUUUGUUUUUAUAAAAAAGGCAUUGGAAUGAUCGCACCUUGAUCAAGCAUAUGUAAUUACUAUGUUAUAGAAUAUUUAAGAACAAUAAUAUUGAUUUAUCAAUUAAUUAGGACAUAUUGAUUAGUUUAAUGAAUCAGAUUAACAAUUGCAAUGUAAACUUUAAUUACAAUGUAUCAUAAAGUUCUACAAAAAUACAGAAAUAUAAA